CUUCAAUGACUGUAUACAAUGUAGUGAUCAUACUGUUGUGCCCAUCAGCCUUUGCAUACUUUUUGAGCCAUUCAAUGAAAGUGGGACAGGCGGCGAGUGCCUGCAGCAAUGUAUUGAGAAAGCAAGUCCUUCCCAGGUUCUGCAGGCCAGCGAUCUGUCCGCGUCUUUUGCGCACCUUCGGAGCCCCACCAGGACCCCACAGAACGAAGGCUCCGACAACUACAGCGGCGGUGAGCCCCGCGGCCACCAAAAUCCUGUCUCCACUAUCCAUCGUCCAAAAUUUAUGAGUGAUACUCUCACUUUGCUUCACAUAAUAACAGUUUUAUGUGUUCAGAACAUUAUCGAAAUUAUUUAUGCGACUAACACGCUGUUAUUGCGUUUUUUUUAGAAAAAAUCCAUGGAAUAUGAAAACCUCCAGUUGACGGCCAAAAUCUGACACUUUAAUUUUUUAAUGAAUUAAAUGAAUCUUUGUUCAUGCAGAUUCAAAAAAGUACAAUCAUUGUUUUGAUUUACAACUUCAAGUUAGAUGUAGAGUCAUAACUAUUUAUAAAAAUCCAAAUUUGCAUUUGUAUCUAUUUUAUGCACAAGUUUCACGUAUCAUUUAUUUAUAAACUUGGUAUAUAACUAGCAUGGCAAAGGCAUGCCAAAGCCAAAAAAAAAUACAGAAACGGACCAUAAUGCAAAUCUGACAGUUGUUUGAAGCUGUCAAGGCAAGAAUAUAGAAUUUGUCACUUAUUAUACUCUUUGGAAUUUGUAUUUCAUUCAUGUGUUUGGUGUUGUUGCAUGUUUGUUGUAGUUGACAAGCAACCUCAAAAAACUCAAAACAUUAUUAAAUAAACAUAAUUGUUAUAAUUUUAAUAGUGUCGAAGAAUAUAAUGAUUCAAAUCCUUAUCACCUUUCUGUUUUUUAGACGGUGUAGAUUCCCUAGUUUUCUUAGUACCGAUCAUGCGAAUUGUAUGUUUAUUAUACAGUUUGAAAUAUUGUUUUGAUAGAUUUGAUAUAAAGUUUAAUAAUAAUGAUACCGUCGAAUACUAUAUGCGUGUCCCAGGAGGGGCCGGCAAACGCAUUGGCUCUCAAUAAAGAUUGUUCACAAGUGGUGAUUGCUGGACGCAAUGUAUUCAAAGUAUUUUCUAUCGGAGAAAAUGAUUUCUCCGAAGUUUGUAACUUGAGGGUUGGGAAAAAUUUAAAUUUGAAUUUUUCAUCCAUUGAUGUUGCUUGGAGUACUAUUGAAGAGAACACACUUGCGACUGCAGCUACCAAUGGAGCAGUGGUGGUAUGGAACCUGGGCCGCUCCGGCCGCUCCAAGCAGGAACAUGUCUUCUCUGAUCAUAAGAGGACUGUUAACAAGGUGAGCUUCCACCUGACAGAGCCAGCUCUGCUGAUAUCUGGCUCACAAGAUGGCAUGAUGAAGUGCUUCGACCUGCGCAUGAAGGAAGUAGCCAGGACUUUUAUAAGCAACACGGAGUCGAUCCGCGACGUGCAGUUCAGCCCGCACCAGGCGCACACGUUCGCGGCCGUGUCCGAGAACGGGAACGUCCAGCUGUGGGACGUGCGCCGCCACGAGCGCUGCCUCAUGCAGUUCACGGCGCACUCCGGGCCUGUCUUCGCAUGCGACUGGCAUCCUGAGCAGCCCUGGCUCGCUACUGCUUCCAGGGAUAAAACUAUUAAGGUGUGGGACAUUUUAGCAAAACCGAAUCUGGAGCACACCAUCUACACCAUAGCAUCCGUCGGACAUGUCAAGUGGAGGCCACAGAAAACCUACCAGGUGGCGUCGUGCGCGCUGGUGCUGGACUGCGCCGUGCACGUGUGGGACGUGCGGCGCCCGCACGUGCCGCUGGCCACCUUCGCCGAGCACCGCGACGUCACCACCGCCAUCGCCUGGCUCGCGCAGCCACACACCUUCCUGUCCACCAGCAGGGUGCGUACUGCGCCCGCGCAAUCUGACUGCAGCCUGUACCGGCACCGGUUCAGCGAGGCGGCGCACCCCGUGCUGUGGGCCAACCCGCACGGCGUGUGCGUGUCGGCGCGCGGAGACCUCGCGCACGCCGCGCCCGAGCGCCCGCUGCCCGCCCUGCCCGCGCGCGCCGCGCGCCUCGAGCGGCUCGUGCCCGGCCUCGGACGCAAGCAGCCGACGGCGGGCUCUCUGUCGGCGGGGGCGCAGGCCGCGCUGGAGCGCGCCUUCCCCGGGGGCGCGGCCUCCACCCUGCUCCGCUACAGCGCGCCCCCGCACAACGCGCUGCUGCAGUGCGCGGCGCACUACCGCAUGCGGGGCGCGCCCCCGCACGUCCUCGCGGAACACAACGCCACCGUCGCGCGCGCCAACAACCGACACAUGGCGCAGCACGUGUGGGAGGUGGUCCGCUGCGUGUACGCGGCGCGCGCGGCGGGGCGUGGCAGCCCGGCGCCGGCGCGCAGCACGGAGCCGCCCCGCCCCGAGCCCCCGCCCCUGCCGCCCUACACGCACACCUACAAUAGCGCAGUGGAGGAGGAGCCACUGGAGGAAGUGGAGGAGUGGGCAGAGACUCAGUUCCACAACAGUGGGGUGCUAGGCAAGCCCACGCUCAGUAUCUACAUACCGCCCAGCAAGCCGUCCAAACACGCGCGCUCGCUGGACGAUGAGAACUCAGGCUGGGUGUCGGCCGCAUCGGCUCACUACGUGGAUGUAGACGCAGCAGACUGGAGUCUGCCCGAGGAGGCAUUCCCUCUUCGCAGCGCGCCCCCGCCCCCGCACGCACUGGGGGCGCACGCCAGCCCCGCCCCCCCCGCGCCCCCGCACGCACUGCGCCACGAUGACAAGGACCUCACAGUGCACCGCAGCAGUGGGGGUGGCGGGGGAACCUCCCCGGGGGGCAGCUCGUCCCCGGGCAGCGGGUCCAGCGGGUCCACGGGGUCCAACGGGUCCGCCUGCACCGCGCCACCCAACCUCGAACACUCCGGGUAUCAUCACAGUAACAUGCAUAUGGAGGAGGGUGGAGAGGGUUGUGAUGGUGGGCUGGCCAUCCGAGUGGGAGACAAUCGCAGCCCACAGCUGGACGUGGCCCCACUACUGGCCGCGGCACUGCGGCAACAUGCAGACCUGGGGGACGUGCAGACACCUGCAGUAGUGAUGCUGGUGUUGCAGGACCACCGGAGCGACCUGUUCCCGUACAUCGAGGAGAGUCUGCAGGAGCACUGGCUGCUCGGGUACAUCGAGCUGCUGCAGCGCCACAAGCUGUGGAACAUCGCCACCGAGGUAGGCGGCGGGGGGCGGGCGGGCGGCGCCGCCGGGGGGCGCGCUACAGUCCACCAGCGUGGCGCUGUGCUGCGGCCGCUGCGGGCGGCGCUGGCGCCGCGCGGCCUGCGACUGCGCGGGCGCGGGCGGCGCCGCCGUCUGCGCCGUGUGCCGCCGCGUCGUGCGCGGGCUGUACGCCUGGUGCCAGGGCUGCGGCCACGGCGGCCACCUGGCGCACAUGCGCGCCUGGCUGCACGCGCACCAGCUGUGCCCCGCCGGCUGCGCGCACCGCUGCCAGCUGGCCUGACGCUGCGCGGCUGUACGCCUGGUGCCAGGGCUGCGGCCACGGCGGCCACCUGGCGUGGCGUGGUUGCCAGCUGGCCUGACCCUGCGCGGGGUGCUUCGUUGCCAGCUCGCGUCACCGCUGCGGACGCAAUCUACGCAUAG